CACUACUGCCGUCUCCCGUAGUGUAUGGAGUCCCAUCGUGUACUGCAGUACCCAGUACGGAGUACCUACUAGUUAUACUGUCCACCAUCAUUACGGGUCAUAUCAAUUCGCCUUUCUUUUAUAUAUAUAGACCAUGGCUGUCGACAAUUCGCAUGACGGCAUCGUCCACGACUUCCCGUAACUGCCUUUCCCCGCCGGAACUAUUUUGUUUUCUGCCAUUCUCCAGACAGACUCCCCACCAUGGAUGACCCCCAUGACCCCCAGCCGGUAGUGACUGUCCAGCAGGCCAAACGCAAGCAACGGCCAGUCUAUUCAUGUUUACCUUGCCACCAGCGAAAAGUGAAGUGCAACCGGGUGUUACCGUGUAAAUCAUGCUGUUUGCGUGGUCUCCCGGAAGAGUGCACAUUCCCUCGAUCCGCCGAGGAGCAGAACUACAUUAGUCAAUCUGAGUACAUCACCCAGCUGGAAGAGCGAUGUCGGGCCUUGGAACGACGAUUGGCCCACCUCGAAGCGGUGCGACAACUGGUUAUGCACAGUGCCAACGAAACUCCCCGCGAGCAGUCCCAGGGUCCGACCGGGCUGGGUCUGCUACGGGACAAUGAAAAGAGAAAAUACUCGACCCUCGGACCCGACGACGACGAUCCCGAUGACAAAAGCGACGAGGAGGAGGGGGACAACGACGCCGAUGAUGAAGAUGCCGAUGGAGUCAAGAUACCCAUGCAGUGUUCCCCGGGUGCAGCUGUUUUGGACAUCUUCAUCGAUCGCCUGAUCGAAGACUGUUGCCCACUUAGCAAGCGCGAGACUGGGCUCAAACGAUUUAUCCUAAGCGAUGCAUCCCAGAUGAGAAGUCGAUCGGAACUCCUGCAGGUCGCCUUUGAAAACACUGCGUUGAUGUUCAUCGGCCGCACCUGGGGAGACAGAGAUAUUGAGAUGGCGGGCCAUCGACAUAACAUGUACGCAAUCCGCAUGAUGCGUCGGGCUCUUCGACGGUGUAGUGGUCGAUCUGUGCCCUUGGACGUGUUUGUCGCCGCCUUCAUUUUCAUUAUACGCGAGGUCUUUACCGGCGAUAGUGGCGCAUUGAUGAAGCACUUGCUGGGUGCCGCGCAGCUGCUACAGUCGCGCAAACCCGAGGAACAUCAAACUGGCAUUGCUCACGCCAUCUUUCUGGACCAUCGCAUUUACUGGAUCGCGGGUUCAAUCCUUCUCCGGCGCCCACUAUUUCUGGUCCAUCCGGAUUGGAUGAAAAUCCCCUGGGCUCACAAGUCAAAAGAUCUUCUUCACCAGCUGCUAGAUAUUGGGGCAGAGGUGCCCUGCUAUCUUUCUCAGACGGAGAAAUACCAAGCUGAACUGGCAUCCGGACGGCUCAAGUACGAGGAACUGUUGAAUGGGCAUGGCUCCCCAAGUGGCUGGGCACAAACCCUCGACAGUCGCCUGGAGAGCUGGUACAAGCAGAACAUCGCAACCUAUCCCCACGGAUCCAUCGUCGAGUCCGAUCACAAGUUGGAUGCUUCCUUCCCCAAUUUCGCCUGUCACCACCCGGAAGACGGACAUAUUUUCACUCCCCGGCUCUUGACCUACCCCGACCUCCUGCUUACCACUGUGAUGUGCUACUACUGGGCUCUACGCAUCACUAUCGCAAAUACCAAUCCAACUCCACCCUCACGCAAUGAGCAGUAUCAGUGGGCCUGCAACAUCUGCCGGAGCUUGGAGGCGUACAUCACCAAGGGUCCCCGCUGUUUCAUUUAUCGCAUUCUAUACCCCAUUAUUGUGGCAUACCAGACAUUCGAGCGAGGCUCCAUCGAGCGCGGCUUUGUCGACAAACUCUGUCGUCGCUUGGACGAAUUAUACCAGGUUAAUGUCUUUCUCAAUCUUAUGGCCCAGAUCGGCAACGCGAUGGAGUUGCCGGGAAUCUGAUCCUUCUCUUCUUCUCUCCUUCUUUCUCUCUGCUUCGGUCCUCUUUAGCUGACCCCCGCAAUUUAUAGCAUUUUAGCGAUGACCAUGAAAGAAGAAAUGACAUGAUACCUGAUUGAUGUGCGAUUGCCUUUUUUGUUUUCUUUUUUCAUCGAAUUGUAUGUUUAGAUUUUUUUUUCCAUCGCAUUCCCCCUGGCCCCUCCCCCCUGUUGAGCACGGAGGGUGGAGCAUUAAGGCUGGAGGGGAUUCUCGAUAUGUGAGUAUUUGUCAUGGCAUGGUUCAGAGCUAUCUAGAUUGGGCCAUGGGAUUGUGAUGUGCCACGAUUACUCUGAGG